CACCGUCGUGUCAUCAGGUAAAUUUGAUGAUGGUGUUGGAGUCGUGCGCGGCCACACAGUCGUGGGUGAACAAUGAAUACAUGAUGGAACUAAGCACAUACCCGAGCGGCCCGUGUUGUUGGUCAACGUGGCGGAUGUGUUGUUGCCUACCCUUAACGCCUUGAGCCGGCCCGUGUUGGUGGUCAGCGUGGCGGAUGUUGUUGUUGCCUACCCUUAACGCCUAGAGCCGGCCCGUGUUGUUGGUCAGCGUGGCGGAUGUGUUGUUGCCUACCCUUAACGCCUAGAGCCGGCCCAUGUCGGAGCCGGUGCAGUAGGAUUCGAUCUUAGUCCUGUUUUGACGCUUUGCCUGUUGGAUGGCUCGUCGGAUGUCGUAGCGGAAUUUCUUAUAAACCUCCGGAUUAAUGUCCCUCUCCUUUAAAGUGGCAGCUCUAGCCUUCAGCUCAAUGCGGAUGCUGCCUAGAAUCCAUGGCUUCUGGUUGGGGUACGUACUUACGGUCACUGGAGACGACGUCGUCAAUGCACUUAUUGAUGAAGCUAAACUCCUCAAUGUUAUUGGAUGAAUCCCAGAACAUAUUCCAGUCUGUGCUCGUGAAACAGUAGCUUUAGCAUCCACUUCAUCGGACCAGCACGAACACCUGAUUCGACUAAUCAAAGUCGGUGACUAGUGAUCAAGAUUACUUUCCUAUGAGUAUAUGUGCUUCAUAAAUGUGAGUUUGACCUUUGACCCUGUGAUGACUCGGCAGGUGCAUGCAGAGGUAGAGUUUGAGCUGCUGGAGGGAGCUGUGCUGGCUGUCGAGAUGCUCAACGGAACACUGCUACACAGCGGACACGUCGUCAAGGUCCAGAGACCUGUAAAGGAGUCCACGUUGGAUCUGGACGUCUUUCUGAGUUCCCUGCAGGAUGACCCGCUAAAUGCUAACGUCAUCUACGCCGCAGGGCUAAAGGCUAAUGCUAAAACAGCACAGUUUGCAGCCAAAGUCAACGGGACUGGUCUAAAUGCUAAUGCGGCAGCUGAAGUCAAUGAGACUGGGCUAAAUGCUAACAUAGCAGCACUCCCAGCUAAGGUCAAUAGAGCUACGCUACAUGCUAAAGCGAACCAUUCGGGGCUCUUAGAGAAAGUCAAUGGAACUUUUCUAAAUGCUAAAGCUAAGCUAGCUGAAGCGAAUGGACCUGGGCUACAUGCUAAAGCUAAAUUUGCUAAGCUAGCAGAGCUCUCAGUUGAAGUCAAUGGCACUCUGCUCCAAGUGAAAACUAUGCUAGCAGAGAUAGCAGCCGAAGCCAAUGUUGGAGCGAGGCUCCAUGCUAAGACUGCCGGACUCUGUGAAGAGGACCUCCGCGAGGCCUUCGGACAGUACGGAACGGUUCAGGGCGUAAUUCUACCUGCAAAGCACUCUGGGAAACAGAAACGUAGGAGACAUGCUUUCUUAAAGUAUGAUAGUCCUGACACUGUGGACGCGGUCCUCAGUUCACCUGUGGAACUCUGGGACAGGAAGGUGAGCACUUGCAGAGCCCUGACUCCGCCCCACCUGUGCUCCUGGGUUACUAUGACGACGAUGACGACUGGGUCCGACAGAGAGACACCGGACGAGUCGUCGCAGGAAACCGGAAGAGAGGAACAGGAAGCGGCGUGCGUGAUGAGGAAGUUGGACCGGCGCGUGGAGAAGCUGUUCAGAUCUCUACCUGACAACACCCUCAGCAUCGUACUGCUGCCUGGUCACAACAGUUCCCAUGGCGAUGGUCUGUGUUUCCUGGAGGUCAAACAGGGGUCAGCAGCACUGUGACCACGCCCACAACCUGAUGCUACCUGCAUAGGGUACCCAAGAUUCCCAGAAAUCCAGUUCCUUCCCAAGAUUCCCAGAAAUCCAGUUCCUUCCCAAGAUUCCCAGAAAUCCAGUUCCUUCCCAAGAUUCCCAGAAAUCCAGUUCCUUCCCAAGAUUCCCAGAAAUCCAGUUCCUUCCCAAGAUUCCCAGAAAUCCAGUUCCUUCCCAAGAUUCCCAGAAAUCCAGUUCCUUCCCAAGAUUCCCAGAAAUCCCGGUUGGAGGAUUCUGAAUUUCUUGCUUACUCCCUCCUGAUUUCGUGAAUCUUCCAAACGGGACAUUUUGGGAAAGUUAACAGAUGUUGGCAACACUUCGCCUGCGAUACCGUGUUUUACCAUCUUGGUGUGCUGUAGCCCAGGACUGCUGCAACUUGACUAACAAAGACAGCUAUAGGCUACGAGAGUAUUAAGUUAUGUUUUAAAUAAAGAGGUGAGUCUACUUACGAGUGCUUGAUAUGUUUCGUUCAGUACAGGCUGGACAGGGUUUUGGACACAGGCAAUGAAUUGAAGGUAAAACACAGGAUGUGUCUGAUAUGACACCCUAUUCCCUAUGUAGUGUGCACUAUGAGUACCCUAUUCCCUAUGUAGUGUGUACUAUGAGUACCCUAUUCCCUAUGUAGUGUGCACUAUGAGCACGCUAUUCCCUAUGUAGUGUGCACUAUGGGCAGCCUAUUCCCUAUAUAGUGUGCACUAUGGGCAGCCUAUUCCCUAUGUAGUGUGCACUAUGGGCACGCCAUGGGUCCUGGCAAAACUCUACAGGACUUAUUAGGGUGCCAUUUUGGACGUAAACUCACUGUGUUUGACCUGUAUUGCUGCAUCUGAUCUGAAUCACAUGAUGCCUUGUCGUCUUUAUCAUGUCCACCUAAUAAACAGGUGAUUAUUGUUAA